UUUCAUAAUAAUAGAAACAUUCAUUCAGAAAAGAAAAGUACACAAGACAUGGCUGGCAAUAACAAACUCAUCGAUAUCUAUAUUCACAAGACUCUCCUUAACAGUGAUGCACUUCAUAACUAUAUACUUGAAACCAAUGUGUUUCCGAGAGAGCAUCCAUGUUUGAAGGAACUUCGUGAGAUGACAGAAAACCACCAUGGGAACAUUAUGAUUGUACCUGCUGAUGAAGGACAGCUUAUAAGCUUGCUGGUUAAGCUCAUCAAUGCGAAGAAGACGAUGGAGAUUGGUGUUUACACCGGCUACUCUCUCCUCUCCACCGCGCUUGCUCUUCCCUCUGAUGGAAAGGUAUUCGCUUUAGACAUUAGUCGCGAAUACUUUGAGCUAGGAUUGCCCAUGAUAAAAAAAGCUGGAGUGGAUCACAAGAUUGAAUUUAGAGAAGGACAUGCUGUUGAUCUCUUAGAUGAAAUUCUUCAAGAUGAAAAUAAUAAGGGGACAUUUGAUUUUAUUUUUGUGGAUGCUGAUAAGAAUAACUACUUAAACUAUCACAAGAAGGUAAUCGAACUUGUGAAAAUUGGGGGAUUGAUCGGGUACGAUAAUACCUUAUGGAGUGGAUCAGUUGCGGCUCCAGCAGAUGCACCUAUGAAUGACCUCAUUAGGAGCUUACGUGAUUAUGUGAUUGAGUUCAAUAAAUAUAUAGCUAAAGAUUCAAGGGUAGAGAUUUGUCAGCUUUCUGUAGGAGAUGGAAUUACGUUGUGCCGCCGCAUCGACUGAUUCCUCGUUUUUGAUCAUUUGUUUGCUUGGGAAGUUCAGACUUUGAUUAUAACUAUUUGAGUUUUUAAUAACAAGGUUAUGGAGUGUGGAGUGUGUUAUAAAAAUAUAAUAAGUAUAUUUAUCAUCUUUGAUGUUAUGAAUAAUACCACCUAUGAACGUGAGUGUUCAUUUUCUCUGUAUUUUUUAUAUUCUGUAAUUUUUAUGAGGGGAUUUACUCAUUAU